AUGACUUCAAGUAUAUUGACUGCACAUAGGAGGUGGCAAUUGUUCAGGGGACAGAGCUCAGACCCCAAAGAUCUGCUUUUCAGUGUUAAGAAGUCGUCACUUAUCCAAUUCAAGACCGAAUUAGAUGCGUUCUUGGCUGCCAAUACUAAAGAAGAAGUUUGUGAUUUCAAGGUUAAGGGAAGUUGGCUUGAGAGAUCAUGUGCCAUACAUCUUGGAAAUACUCCAACCAUCAUUGCCCAGAUGCACAGAAAACACAGUGUUCAAAGCUUUGUUCUUGGAAAAGCUACGUUUGUGGUGACUGUGUACCCAAACGUGGACGACGCCUUCAUAGUUGCUCUUGUGGUCGUUCUUGAAGAGAUCAAUGAGGACAGAGAAGAUUGAAAUCACCUCAAGUGAAGUACCUCAUGUUUACAUUACUAGAAUCAUUCCUGUUUGUAUUACUAGAAUCACUAAAUGUGGUUUACUAAUGUGCCACUCAUUAUGAUGAUUCCUAGAAUUUCUGGAGUGCUUACAUAAAUAAAAGUGACAAUUUUGUGUGUGAACA